AUGGAUUUAGCUAAUUCCCAUGUAGUUGUUAAACAACUUCCGAGUUCUGCUCACACUAGCAAGCCGGUCUGUUUGAUGAAAAAGAACUCUUUAAGGCGAAGGUGUUUUGCUUUCACUGGGGCACAUGAGAUUUUCAGACCAGAGAUGUGGAAAGCUGCUCUAACAGAAUUAACAGCAACUGCAUCGCUAAUGUUCACCUUGACCACUUCCAUUGUUGCAUGCUUGGACUCACACGAGGUCGAUCCUAAGCUUCUUGUUCCCCCUGCAGUUUUCAUCAUAGCCUUUUUGUUCCUACUUGUGACAGUUCCUCUCUCUGGGGGCCACAUGAGUCCCGUUUUCACAUUCAUUGCUGCUUUAAAGGGUGUUGUCACUCUCACCCGUGCUCUCAUGUACGUCUUAGCGCAAUGCGUUGGCUCAAUAAUUGGUUUCUUUAUACUAAAGUGCAUCAUGGACCCCAAAUUAGCUUACACAUAUUCCUUGGGAGGUUGUACCAUUGAUGGCCGAAGUGUGAAUUCUGGCGUCAAGCCAGGGAAUGCUUUGAUAGUGGAAUUCACAUGCACGUUUGUGGUACUCUUUCUGGGAGUUACAUUGGCAUUUGACAAGAAAAGGUCUAGGGAAUUGGGCUUGCCAAUGGUGUGUUUGGUGGUGGCAGGAGCCAUGGCAUUGGCAGUGUUUGUGUCCAUAACUGUAACUGGGCAGACUGGUUAUGCUGGUGUAGGCCUGAACCCUGCAAGAUGUUUAGGCCCGGCAUUGUUUCUUGGAGGCUCACUUUGGAAUGGACAUUGGGUUUUCUGGCUUGGGCCUUUCUUGGCUUGCAUAGUGUAUUAUUUUUUGUCUAUCAACCUGCCAAAGGAGGGUUUGGUUUGGGCAGAUAGAGAACAUGAUGUAUUAAACUUGGCUCUCGGUUGUUGUGGGAAUGUCUAUGAUACUUCCUUUUCAAAGGAUAUGCCAGAAGAAUGCAAUGCAGGGUUACAAGUCCAACCUAGGGGCUUAGUUCAUGACCAGUCUUCAGAGUCCAAAUUCCUUGCCUUUAUUGGUGCCCACGAAAUUUUCACAAUAGAGACGUGGAAAGCAGCUUUGGUAGAGUUCAUUGCAAGUGGUGCUCUAAUUCGUCAGCGUAGUCUUCUUGGUUUUAAUUGUGAUGGUUCCUCUAUCCGGGGGUCAUAUGAACCCUGUUUUCACAUUCGUUGCUGCUUUAAAGGGUGUUGUGACCCUUUCUCGUGCUCUCCUUUACGUCCUUGCACAAUGCGUUGGCUCAGUAAGUGGUUUCCUUGUACUCAAGAGUGUGAUGGACUCAAAAUUAGCAGACACAUAUUCUCUGGGAGGUUGUGUGCAAUUGGUGACAAAGGACAAAGUUCUGCCAUGAAGCCACAAGAUGCUUUGUUGUUGGAAUUCUCUUGCACGUUUUUGGUACUCUUUGUUGGUAUAACGGUGGCAUUUGAUAAGAAAAGGUGCAAGGAAUUGGGCUUUCCAAUGGUGUGUUUGGUGGUAGCAGCAUCCAUGGCACUGGCAGUUUUUGUGUCCAUAACUGUCACCGGAAGGCCUGCUUAUGCAGGUGAGGGCCUCAGCCCGGCAAGAUGUUUAGGCCCAGCGUUGCUUCACAGAGGCUCACUAUGGAAUGGGGCAUUGGAUUUUCUGGGUUGGGCCUUUCUUGGCCUGUAUAAUCUAUUAUAG